CAGUUUGAACAGCUCGUGAAAAUAUACCUUAAUGACAACUCUGACAAGAGCCGGAAAUGGUUAAGAAGAUUGCUUGUUGUUGCACAAUUGAAAUAGUAACGUUUUUCAUAAAAAUAAAGUCGGUAUUUAUAAUUAACUGUAAAUUUAAUACAAGUUAUUUUCAUUAAAAUGGAAGAAUCAACAAAUAAGCCUGUGCAAAAUGACUCUGAUGUAUUGACAUCCUCGGUUUCCUUUAUCGAAUCACCCAAGAAAUGCAAUCUCUCUUUUUCAAUUAACUUUGACUUUAACGACGUUAAUAGUGAAAACUCAACUGAUUCCGAAAAUGCAGACUUACAAAUCGACAUAUCCGAAGUGGAUAAUUAUGAACCGUCUAGUAAACAUAAGAGAGAAGCUGUUGAAGAAGCAUCGGUACUUAAUGAAAUGGAAGAAGAGAUUGAGAGACAACUUGAUGCUAAAGCUGCCAAAACUAAUUUAACUGCCACUAAUGUCAAAAACAUUUUGAAACACGUAAUCCCCUACGAACAUUUAAUGACAAUGGUACAAAAAUGGCUUCAAGAUACUGAAAAUGAUAUUAAUAUUGGUCCUAAACUCACACGAGCUAAAGCUAAAAAAUUAGCAGCUGCCAAAGUCGAUAUACUAUGGCCUAUUACUACAGCACAAAAAACUUCCUCUGAAGUACAAGCUUUAAUUCAGGAGGAGCUACCAGAAGAUUCAUCUGAUGAAGAAUAUAAUCCUGAACAUGAUAAACAGAGUGAUGAUGAUAGAGAAAUAGAAAUUACAGGAAAUAGUGAUAUUGAGUCACAAUUAUCACUAUCAACAAAUAGUAAGAAUAUAGCUUCUUCUCAACAACAAAUGUCAUCGCAUAUACUAUAUGAUUCUGAAGGAAUUUUCAAAAUACCUGCUGUCCCGCCUAUUACAACAGAAGAAGAGAGUAUUGGCCAAAGAACGCGCUCCAAGUUAUCUUUAAGCGAAACUUCUUUGGAGGAAAUAGAGCAAGCAUUUAUACCACCUGAUAUAACUGCUGAUAUGACUGACGAUUGGGAUUGUGAACUUGAUGAAGAUUGGGAUAACUUCUUAAAAGAAUUUACGCAACCUUUGACGCAAGAACCAGCUGUAGAAGAUGAUCCAGACGCAGAUCCAGAAUACAAUAUCUUGGAGGAUGAAACAGAUUUAUGGGACAAGGAAGAGCUUAGAACAGAUAGAGCAGUAGAAGUUCCUCGUAAGGAGCAAUAUGAUUUGAUUGCAGAAUUACUUGAAUUAACUCCUAUGUUCUCAACACAAGAACAAGAAGUAUCAAGAAAAAAGAAAGUUCUAGAUAAUACGACACCACCAAUUGAGAAUGAUGCUAUGAAUUCCUCUGUAGUACAUCUUUUACCAGUACUUGCAGAAUCUGAAAUGCCAAAAUUGAUGGAUUAUGAACGUCUUCUAUUAGCAACACAAUUCCAACAACACGUACAACUAAUGGCACAGCAUUUUGUUAUGACUUACAUGCAUCCAGAAUAUCAUUUAUUGGCAAAAGUAUGUAAACAGAACUUGAAUAGUUUAAGAUAUUUGAGCAAUGGACCGAAAUCUGCAUUUAAUAUAAAAAAUUUGGAAGCAGCUUUAAAAUUGAUAUCAACUUGGGAAAAUAAGUUUAAUGACAUAAAGUUUUAUGCAAACUUCAAAAAAAAUGUAACUAAUGAAACUGCUAAAACUAAAAUGUAUUGUGUAAAUAAAUAUAAAUAUAUCGAACAAUUUCUCCCUGAAUUAGAGAAAUUAUUUGUUGAAAGUAAGGCUCUUAUGUAUCCACAUCUUCUACCGUCGAUACCUUUCAGAAAUGGAGUUAAAUACAAGAAACCUGUAUAUUCAAAAGCGGAGGAAAUUUUAAUUGCACUAGGCAUAGAACAGUUUUUGCCAUUUGUUUCUUCUAAAUCAAAAAAAUUUCAUACAAAGAAAAUGCAGUUGUUCGACGCAGUUCAACUUAUUAGCCAUUAUCUAUUACCAUGUAGAGAUGCACAAGGAAUAUUGCAUCAUAUUUAUAAAAGACGUUGUUCUAAGGAUGAAAAUCCAAUCAAGUAUUAUUUUGAAAAAGGUUGCGCUCCUAAAAUAGUACAUUAUGUAACAUCUGAAUUUCCACUGAAAGCUCCAAAGGAUCAAUCAAUAGAACUUUUACCUCUAAAAUGGCAAACAUAUCUUCAGAAAGAACAUAAAAAUGAUUUGACAAAAAGUAGAUACAUAUUUGACUCGUACAGUAAUCUUUCUCUUGCUAAAGAAGGGAUUAAUAUGAACGCAAUAAUGAAAUCAUAUCCUAGUAUCCCUAAUAACCAUCUUUUACGAAAUCCAGUUGUAAAUAUGUUACCAAAGAUAUUACCUGCAACUUUAAAUCCCAAAGCUUCGUCUAAAAUAGAUAAUUCUACUAAAAAAAGUUGCAAAUUCGAUAGCGGCGAAGAUAAAAAAAUAGUUGAUAAUAGUACACAAAAUACGGAAAUACAUAAAAGAAAAACGGCGGUACAUAAAGGGCAUACAAAUUCUUGCCCCUCAAAAGCAAAUAUUUCAGAUGUAGAGCCAAUACAAACAGAUAAAUCAUUAGAUAAAAAUAAUAUAAAAUUAAAUACUGUAUUAACUAGAAGUUCAAAAAUGUCCAAGGAGUCUCCACAAAUAUCACCAGAAUUACCACAAAUACGAAAGACCACUCCACGAUUAGCAAAAACAAAAAGUGCCCAAAAUAUGAAAUUGAUGGCACAAGCUUUAGGUUCAAAAAACUCGUUCAAUUGUAGUACCUUGAAAUCUAAAGAAAAGGAUGCCGCAGAUAAGAAUAUUGAUGAACAUUGUUCCACGUCAAAAGUUGAUAAUGAAGAAGAAAUAGCAGAAUUAAUGUUAGCCAGUAGUACAAUAAUAAAAGAUCCGGUAAGUAGAAAAAAGGCUAAACAAACUAGAGAAUUAGAAAUUAUUAAAAGAUUAUUAAAAGCUGAAAAUCCGUUGACUGAAGAAGAACGUGAAGCAAAAUUUGCAGCGUCAUAUCUUCAGAAACUACACUUGAUAUUAGAAUCCAAUGAUCCAGAAACGUUUAAGGCUGUGAUAAAGUUAUUUUUGGAUUAUAGUGAAAAAUUAGACAGUAUUAACCAUACAGUUACUGAUCCAUCAAUAACUGAUGGAUCUGAGGACUUUCCAACAAAUAAACAGAUAGAAGAUAAUGCAAUUAAAAAAGAUAUACUAACAAUUCAAUUAUAUCAAGAAAUUUGUAAAAAAUUACAAAAUUAUCCAGAAGUAUGUACGGACUUUGUAUUAUUUUUAAAACCACAUCAAGCUGCAAUAAUUGGUAAAUCUGCCGAAUAUAUGAUGUUACAAAAAAUGAACGAUUUUGUUCAUGUCGCUCAAAUAUAUUUUGCUAAGCAACCAUCACGGAUAGCAAAGAUGAUGCAGGCAAUUACACAACUUUCAUCUGAUCCAUGCACAACUUUAGAAAAUGUCUAUGCCGUUAUGAAUACUGUUUUUAAAGGUCAUCCACUCGUUAUGGAUUUGUUCUUACAAAUCCUACCUACCGCAAAACCUCCCGAAAGUUUGUUUGCACCUCAUAUGUUUGAAAAUAUGACAUGUCCAUUAGGACCUUAUGAUAAAAAUACAACUUACAUGGAAAAUGCAUCAGAGUUAUAUGAAAAUAUAGAAUUACCAACAGCAACAUAUCAGGAGGAUCCAUAUGGUGGGGAGAAUUGUAAAUGUGAUUGUCAUAAUAUUGAUGAAGCAAGUUCGAAAAAUAAUUCUGAACAUUGUGUUUCCUGUGGUAUACGAUUUCUUAAUGGAAGAAUUUAUCUUCAAACACCUGAAGGAUUACGACCUGCAAAAAUUACAUUUGCCGGAGAGGAUCGGGAGAAAUUAGAAAAUAUUGCACGAAUAUCAUUAAAAAUUGCUGAUAAAGCUAUUCCAUCAAUUUCUUCUAAAAAACGACGGAAGUCAUCAAAAAAUAAUUCUAAUCACGAAGAUCUUUGUAAAAAACAGUGCGCUACAAAAUACUCGUCAAUAAAAGAUAAUGAAGAUAACGAAAAGGCAAUAACAAAGUCAAAAAGAAAUGUCAAAUUUACACUCAAAACAGAUCAAAGAAAAAUUUUAAAAAGAAUAGGGAUUGUAGAUCACGCAAUUGCAGAGAAAAGAAUGCGCAUAUCUCAGUGCAAGAAUAAACGAGAAAAAAAGAUUGAAGAAAGUGAUGUUUCAUUAGAGCAAAAUGAACCUGAUAUUAUAAGAUAUGAAAAAACAAGUGAAUUUAUGGAAACUGAAAAUAAUUCCUGUACACAAUUAUCAAUGCAAGAUAAUUUGUCAAGUACUGAAGUAAUUGCAAAAACACAAAUUUCUUCAAAUAUAAGUAAUAAUAUUAAUUCAAAAAAAAAUAUAGAAACAGUGCUUACAACGGAAAAUAAUAUAUCAUCGAAAUCCGAUUUAACUAAUGAUAAACCAUGGACACGUCAGGAAGAUAUGAUUUUGCUACAAAAUAUCAAAAAGGAAUAUUCUGAAAAUUCAUUCCUACUGAUUAGUGAAAAAUUAGAAAAUCGUACUGUUGAUCAAGUAAAAGAGAGAUGCCAAACUUUACUUUCUUUACUUCAGAAAAUGAUGUAAAUGUAUAUAUGUGUAUAUAAUGAAACCUGUGAUUUUGUAUUAUAAUAAAAGUACCAAAAAAGUACUACUACUUGUA